UAAAGCUCACACCAAGUCACUCAUAAGUUAUUACACAACUCAAGAGUUCAAUUCUGAAACUAAACAUGGUGAGUCUCACCGACUUGCCUUCCCCAUCAACAGCUUACGCUGCAUACGCUUCGAUCUCAGCUUCUUUCAUGCUCCUGCAGACCACUUUUCACCAAAUAGUCCCUCGCCCUGUGCAAGAUUUUCUCCUCUCGGCCUUCUUCCGAAUCUUCAAGCGCACCAACACCUCUCUACUCAACCUGGUGAUCGAUCAGUUCGAUGGCAUGUCACGAAACGACCUCUUCGAUUCCUUCGAACUCUACAUGUCUACCAAAACCAAUCCCAAGACUCACCGUCUCAAGCUAACCAAGAGCUCCAAAGAGAAACACAUUAACAUCAAACUAGCCCAGUCUGAAAAAAUCAUGGAUGUUUUCCAAGACAUUGAGAUAAAAUGGCUAUUUAUCUGCGAAGAAUCAGAUAAUUCCGCGAGGAAUAGCAGUGGCAGACCCAGCUCCAAAAUUCCGGACGAUUUUGGAAAUCGUCCGUGGCAGUUCAAGACUAAGCAGUGGUUCGAGCUUAGUUUCGAGAAGGUUCACAAGGAUGUUGUGAUCAAUUCUUACAUACCUUACGUCCUGGAAGAAUCGAAGGCUAUUAGGAAUGCGAAGAAAGUUGUGAAGCUGCACACGCUGGCUAACAACGCGUAUUUUGCGGAAACGCCUGCCUGGGAUUCGAUCAAUUUGGAGCAUCCUUCCACGUUUGAAAAAUUGGCGAUGGAGCCGAGCGAGAAAAAAGCGCUGAGAGACGAUCUGGAUUUGUUUGUGCAGAGGAAAGAGUAUUACAAGAGUGUGGGAAGGGCUUGGAAAAGAGGGUACUUGUUGUACGGGCCUCCGGGGACAGGGAAAUCGAGUUUGAUUGCUGCCAUUGCUAAUUAUCUAAAAUUUGAUAUCUAUGAUUUGCAGCUUAUGAAUGUGAAGCACGAUUCGGGGCUCAGGAAAUUGUUGUUGGCGACGGCAAAUAGAUCGAUUCUUGUGAUUGAAGAUAUUGAUUGUAGUGUGGAGUUACCGGAUAGAAAUGCUAAACCAGUUCCAUCUGAUCGCCAUCCUCGCGAUGUGCAGUUUACAUUAUCAGGACUAUUGAACUUUAUUGAUGGGCUAUGGUCAAGCUGUGGAGACGAAAGAAUCAUAAUCUUCACGACGAACAACAAGGAGAAGCUGGAUCCUGCAUUACUGCGUCCUGGACGGAUGGACAAGCACAUUCACAUGUCUUAUCUGUCAUUUAACGGAUUCAAAACAUUAGCUUCUAAUUAUCUGGACCUAAGAGAUCAGCAUUGGCGAUACGGGGAGAUAGAAGAGCUAAUUGGGAGUACUGAAGUCACCCCUGCUGAAGUUGCUGAAGAACUUAUGAAGACCAGUGAUGCCGAUGCUUGUCUUGGAGGACUUGUUAGUUUCCUCAGAGGAAAGAAGAGAGAAAGGAGCGUUGACGACAAGGAUGAUGAAGAAUGUGCUGAUGGGAUUCAACCCAUCCCGGAAGCCAAAAGAAUAAAAGCUAAUGGCUGGCAGUGAUCUAGCUUGUUAAGUUUUUUUAUUUAGAGCUUGAUUAGCCUAGUGUUAUCUUUGGCCUUACUGAUGUUCGAUUCUCGCUCACCUCAGAUUCAUCGACAAAACAGAAAAGAUGUCUGAUUACUGUAUGACUUACGGUAAUUGUUAAUUAAUAGUCCCAAGAUUAAGGUUUUUUCCUGCA